AUGUCCUUUCUUUCUUUCUUUCUUUCUUUCUUUCUUUCUUUCUUUCUUUCUUUCUUUCGUUUUAUUUUGUUUCUUGCUUUCAACCUGUCUGUUCCUUUUCUUUCUUUCUUUCUUUCUUUCUUUCUUUCUUUCUUUCUUUCUUUCUUUCUCUUUCGUUUUAUUUGUUUCUUGCUUUCAACCCUGUCUGUUUCCUUUUCUUUCUUUCUUUCUUUCUUUCUUUCUUUCUUUCGUUUUAUUUUGUUUCUUGCUUUCAACCUGUCUGUUCCUUUUUCUUUCUUUCUUUCUUUCUUUCUAGUUUUUCUUUCUUUCUUUCUUUCUUUCUUUCUUUCAUUUUAUUUUGUUUCUUGCUUUCAACCUGUCUGUUCCUUUUCUUUCUUUCUUUCUUUCUUUCUUUCUUUCUUUCGUUUUAUUUUGUUUCUUGCUUUCAACCUGUCUGUUCCUUUUCUUUCUUUCUUUCUUUCUUUCUUUCUUUCUUUCUUUCUUUCUUUCUUUCGUUUUAUUUUGUUUCUUGCUUUCAACCUGUCUGUUCCUUUUCUUUCUUUCUUUCUUUCUUUCUUUCUUUCUUUCUUUCUUUCUUUCUUUCUGUUUUAUUUUGUUUCUUGCUUUCAACCUGUCUGUUCCUUUUCUUUCUUUCUUUCUUUCUUUCUUUCUUCAAACUCCUUUUCAUCGAGCUACUAUCUUUGUUUAUUGUUUCUUUCCAUUUUCUUUUUAAUUUCGUUUUCUCUUUAUUCUCUUCCACCCUCCUUAUUUGACAUAUUUUUAUUUACAUUCUUUCUUUCUUUCGUUUCGUUUCGUUCUUUCUUUCUUUCUUUCAUUUAUUCCCGCAUUCUGAUCUUUCUUUCUUGCUUGCUUUUUUAUCUCUUUUUUCUUUCUUUCUUUUCAACCUUAAUUCUUCUUUAUUAUUCCCUUUUUUAUUAUUUUCCUCUUUUAAAUUUAUUCCUGAUCCCUGUUCUUUCUUUCUUUUUUCUUUCUUUCUUUCUUUCUUUCUUCAAACUCCUUUUCAUCGAGCUACUAUCUUUCGAUAUCCGCCAUUCUUUCUUUCUUUCUUUCUUUCUUUCUUUCUUUCUUUCUUUCACCUUUUAUUUUGAUUUUUUUUAUCGCCAAAUCGGCUUUUUCGCUUUCUUUUCGGGCUUUCUUUCUUAUUUGCUUUUGUGUUCAAACCCUCUCUUUCCUAUUCCCAAAGUUCAUCGAUCUUUUUACUCUUUGACAAGACCCUUCUCUGCCUUUCCUCCCUUGGUCGCAAACUGUAAGCAACGGAUGCAACGUGUUCUCUACCCUCACCCACGGUUGUUCACCUCGGAUGUUGAUUCUAUCUAUCUAUCUAUCUAUCUAUCUAUCUAUCUAUCUAUCUAUUGUAGUUUAUUCUCUCUCUUUUCUUCUAUUCAUAUCUAUCUAUCUAUCUAUCUAUCUAUCUAUCUAUCUAUCUCAUUCUAUUCAUAUCUAUCUAUGUAUCACAGACUGUUCAUAGCUAUCUAUCUAUCUCAUUCUGUUCAUAUCUAUUUAUCACAGUCUGUUCAUAUCUAUCUAUCUAUCUAUCUAUCUAUCUAUCUAUCUAUCUAUCUAUCUCAGUCUCUUCAUAACUACUUAUCUAUCUUUUUUGUCUGUCUAUCUUUUCAUUAUCUAUCUAUCGCAGUGUGUUCAGAUCUGUCACAGUUUUCCAUAUCUAUCUAUCACUGUUUGCCAUAUCUAUCUAUCUAUCUAUCUAUCUAUCUAUCUAUAUAA